AUGCGCAUUUUUGCAAACUGCCAAGGGAUUUUUGUGCAAGAAAUUUUUCAGUGGAAAAUCGCAGUGAAAAAUUGUGGAAAAGUGAUUUGUAAAAGUGAAAAAGUUAACCACUGGAAGAUGGUGACAGAGACUGAAAAUAUCUUUCUCUUCGUUCCCAAUCUAAUUGGAUAUGCCCGGAUUAUCCUGGCCCUGAUCUCAUUCUGGUUCAUGCCGACAAACUACGUCAUCGCCGGCUGGUGUUACAUAAUCAGCGUGUUUUUGGAUUGUUUGGAUGGACACGCGGCCAGACACUUCAAUCAAUGCACCAAGUUUGGGGCAGUGCUGGAUCAGCUGACGGAUCGCUGUGGGACAAUGUGCUUACUGGUCACGCUGAGUUACUUCUACCCGAAGUACAUGUUUCUCUUCCAGGUCUCCAUGGCCAUCGACAUCUCCUGCCACUGGAUCUACACCCACACUUCACUGUUGCAGGGAAAAUCUUCUCACAAGUUUGUUGAUGCCAACGAGUCGGCCAUCAUGAGGAUUUACUAUACGAAGAAUGUUCUGUUCACCAUGUGCGUAGGCAAUGAGCUCUUCUAUGCUGCCCUCUACCUUCUCUACUUCACUCCUGGCCCAAUCAUUCUCGGCCUCUCCUUCUUCAAGCUCGUGGCUAUUGUCUGUGCUCCUGUGGCCAUUGCUAAGACAUUCAUCUCACUGGUUCAUUGCCGCGUGGCAUGCCAGAAUCUUGGGAUUAUCGAUACGAAUGAGCGCCUAGAGGCUAAACAAAAGGACCUGGCCAAGAAGGCAGAAUGAAUUAUGGAAGAGGGUGAUCUUCCGUGGGAUUGGAGAUAGAUUGUUUUUUUUUGGAGGAUUCCCGAUAAAAGUGUAGUUUUUCUGUGUCUCUAGAGUCAGAUUUAUAGUUGAAUAGAUGAACUAUUUUUUGCGCGAAACUGUUCACCAGUAUUUUCUUCCAGGGAAUGGUAGAGAUGUUGUGGGUCCAGGAAGCAAAGAACAAUUUCAAUUACAACUUUCUUCUCACCUCAAAAAAAAACAUUAAACAAAAAAGAGGUAAAUGGAAGGAAGUUUAAAUCUUACAGACUUAUAAAAUAGCCAAUUGUGUCAAUGUAAUUCCAUUUAAUAUUUAGCAUUUUGCUCCAAAAAAAAAUAGUGAAACCUUCAAAUUUUUUUUAAACUACACAAAAUAGCGGGAAAAUUGGAAAAAAUUGAUAUUUUUUGGAUAAAAAUUUCCUUGGGUUUUUUUUACUUAUUGUAUUAGUUUAUAAGUUGCAUGAGAAAUAUUUGAAGAUAGUUUUAAACUAUCUUUUUUGCAUAAUUAUUUAUUAAGAAAAACCAUUGUAAUUAUUUUGACUUAAAAAUUGUAGUAUAUUUUGCUACGAAUAUUACAUUCUUUCAACUGCGAAUUUCUUUGAUCUCGAAAAUUAAAAACCCGCAGAAAAAUCUAUACAGUGGACCUUUUACAGAAUAAAAAAAAACUUGAAUCAUAUUCGUAAAAUGCAAUGAAGGGUAAUUUGUGAGGAAAUUAUAUUAUUGAAGAACGAUGUUAUACCAAAAAAUGAAGAUAUGAAUAAAGUGUAUUUUCUGUGUAACAA